ACGACUAUUGUAUAGGCAGGCAAUGGCUCCGAUUAGUAACAUCUUGUUUUCUAUCUUCUAGAAUCAAGACUGGAAAAGAAAGACAAGAAGCCUCCGAUUUAAAAAAGAAAAAAGGUGAAUUCUCCACUGAAGAGGCGCUGACUAUUCAGACGUACAAGCAACAGUAGCCUAGCUACACGGCUUUUUUCAACGUAGACUCCGCUCAGAAUUCAGAUUUGACGACCCAGGCGAAUAUACGUAUUAUACGUAAGAAUUUAUCGCAGAAUACGUCCUGAACUCUAUUUUGUGUAUGGAAGAAGUGAAUACGGUACGACUGACUUUGGAUUAUCGCAGAAGCCUCUUUUCUUACUGCAACAAGGCUGAGUACUGCGACUCGAGCGAGCAGCAAGGGUGGGAAAGCCCGAUGGAUUUGUGACAUGCGGUAUAGAAUGUUGUGCCAAAAUGUCUCAAAAUAAACGGAUGACAUCCUUAAAACAAAUGUACAGCAAACUUUCAACUCUGCUUUGUAAACAGUGGGGUUUAAAUAAAAACGCUAGCUAACUACGACCUGAGCACUGUUUUAAAAAAGAAGGUGCAAAACGAACGAGCAGCUGCGGGUUGUUAAAAUGACUUGCACGUUGCAGAAGCUGUCAACACAAUAAACUGCAUUGCCUCCACCAAUUCCGACUGGGGUUUGGACCUCGACUCCUUUACAUCUGGAAGUUCGGAUGCAAGUAAACAACUGGUGCGAGCUACAGAAUCCGGAACCUUAUGACGUGCUUUUCUUGCCGUAUGGGUCCUGCGUACUGGAGCUAACGACUCCCACUCAAAAAAGAAUCGUCUCUGUGCUGCUGAGAGUGCAGUUGCAGCAGCUAGCGUUAGCUGCUAGCUCCUCACCUGGCAACUAGCUGCCUUAGCCCAAGCUACAGCUGUCCUUGUGACACAUAAAGAGGACCUUUGUAUGAUUCGAGAGGAAGCCGACUGAAUCGACCCUGAGGCAACCGCGUUUGGGAGAGGGGGCCUGUACCUUUUCACAAAUAUCUUGGAUCCUUCGGACGGUGUGGAUUUGCUGUAACGUUAGUCCGCUGCUGGCUGGAUAGUCCUUUAAGAAAAAAACGUAAGCCAUUUACGUAAAAUACGUCUUAUUUAAAGCCGGGAUCGAGUGACAUUGCAGUCUUUCCCUUCCCAUCCCGCCCCCAGUGGUUGGGGUUAAAAAAUAACGUAAACUACGCUGGGUAUUACAUUUGGCAAGAGAGAGAAGGUGGAGCACUGUCCGUCGUACGUGUUGACGCAGUGGGAUUUCUACGUCUGGUCAGCGUUUCCCCCCGCCCCUCCCGCUGUGACGGUGAUGGGUCGGAAGCGGUGUGUCGGUGCAGAUUGUUCCAAGAUGGCGGCCGGGUGCUGCGGGGUGAAGAAGCAGAAGCUGUCGGGGUCCCCCGGGUCGGGGGGUCCCGGCGGGGCGGGAAGCGGGGCAGCGGGGACAGGACACUGCGGAUCAGACUUGGGGAUUGGUUCAUCCUCGACAGUGGCGGCGGGGAGCGUGAAUCGGGUGAACGGCCUGGGGGGUCCUGGGGGUAGCAGUAGCACCAACAGCACCAACGCGCUGUCCCCAACUCCAGGAGGCUACAACUCAACUGGCCUCUCCCCCAACCUCAGCCCCGGAUCCGGUUCGGGCAGCGGUGGCAGGAAGAUGGUUGUUUCGGCGGAGAUGUGUUGCUUCUGUUUCGACGUGCUUUAUUGCCAUCUAUACAAUUACCAGGCUCCCCGAACACCCAGGUUUACAAACGACCCUUACCCUCUAUUUGUCACGUGGAAGAUCGGCCGGGACAAGCGGUUGAGGGGUUGUAUAGGUACAUUUUCUGCCAUGAACCUGCACUCAGGACUCAGGGAGUACACCCUUACCAGUGCCCUUAAAGACAGCCGCUUCCCCCCCAUGACGAGGGACGAGCUGCCGCGCCUCUUCUGCUCAGUAUCUCUGCUCACCAACUUCGAGGACGUUGGUGAUUACCUAGACUGGGAGGUGGGUGUACACGGCAUUAGGAUAGAAUUUUUCAAUGAAAAAGGAUCAAAGCGCACCGCCACCUACCUGCCAGAGGUCGCGAAGGAGCAAGGAUGGGACCACAUUCAGACCAUAGAUUCCUUACUACGAAAGGGAGGUUACAAAGCUCCCAUCACAAAUGACUUCAGGAAGACCAUUAAAUUGACCAGGUAUCGUAGCGAAAAGAUGACGAUGAGCUACGCGGAGUACAUCGGCCACCGCCAGCACCAUCACUACCAGAACGGCAUCGGGCACCCUCUCCCACCCUACAACCAUUAUUCCUGACACCGAGCCGCAUGACCAGUCACUGGACCUCUCCGCGGACCUCUUCCCAGGAGAGCCCGCCCCUUCCUGGUCUAGCUAUCUCUACUACUGUACCAUUUUAUGAUGAUAGUUUCCGUUGCCAUGCUGACUGUUUUUCAGACAGGCGGCAUGGCAGCGGGCGGCCACAGCAUCAUUUGAUUAUGACGAGAAAAAAAAAAUCCUUUUAUCCUCCUUAUUAAGUUAGUUUUUGCAGCAUUAAUAAUCCCGUUUCCUCCUUAUUCUUAAAAGUAAUGAAUAAAUAGUCGAUUUUUUUCCAACAAUCCUAAUCAGGUUUAUUGUGUCUGUGGAUGGAAGGAAGUGGAAUAUAUGAUGGGUUAGUCUUGCAGAAAGGUAUUGCUUUUAGUUUGUGUAUGCUAAGCUUAGUAGUGCAUUCAUAUAGGUAAGGUAGUUUUAUUUCUUUUUUUCCUAUUUUAUAAUUUCUUGUCAGCCAGAUUUACAUUGUUUUGUGUAACAUGUUGGCAACUGCAGGUCUUGAGGUUUGAUUUAAUUUCUCUGUGUGUUUCUCUCUAGAAUUUGUGAUUGUCGUGAAGGGUGGUGCGCUUUUUGGAAACUUGUAAGUGAGCUAGGUGAAGCUUGAUGUAGGUUCUUGUAUAACCAGGAUUGUAGGAUUGUAGAGCUAAAGAGCAGGUCGCAGUUAGCCCAGUUAAUUGGUAGCCAACAAUCGUGUUAGCGUUUUCUCGUGUGUAAUUAGAAGCCAACUUGUAAUUGUAGACGAACCGGACAGAGUUUGAAACCGCUAGAUAAAUUAGAAAUUAGGCAAUGCCAAAAUAUUACUCAUGAUGCCACAAACUUGAGAGAAACCACCCUUGGGCAUUCAUGGUGUUUUUGUUAUAACAUCUGCAAAAUGGAAUUGAAUCAAGUUGGCUUGGUGUAACAGUCAAAUGUAAUUUUAUUUUAGCUUUUUACUAUUUUUACCUGAGAAAAGUAAUGGAGCAAGCCAUUCUACUUCAACUUUUUACGGUGGAGGUUCUCCGUUCUUUGCCAGUCUGUAUCAGAAAUAUUUUCUGCAGCGUAUGACUUGUCAUGGUCUCCAAAAAGCAAGCCUUGUGUAACAGGUUGGAACUAGUCAGGGUGGCGGGGGGGGGGAGUUUGGCGGCCGACUGGUAAUUCUUCACGAAGACGGUGCAAUCACUGUGCUCUCUGAUAAGACCUCCAUCCCAAUUCCCUGUCCUCGUCACCGAGAGAGGAAAACAAAUGUGCGAGACUUGGGUGUUCGAACAGGGGCGAGCUUAAACUUAACUAAAAGCCAUAUUUCUCUUCUAAUGCACACUUUUCGUCGUGACAGCGGUCGGUUGUUCAGGUGGCGUCGCGCGAUUGGCCGUUUCUGUUUCUGAGGAGACGGUUUCUCAGGGAACCGCUGGCUUUUGUGGUCCGGGGGUUCCUCUCUGGGCAUCGUGUUGUGGGCGUGUCCUCUGCUGAGGAUUCUGGGUGUGUAACGACCUUUCCCCGCCCAUCUGUGUCAGCUUUCUACCGCUGUCUGCUGUCAGCAUGGGUCACAUUUGAAAUACCUCAAGGCUUCGGAGUGCUGAAGGUCUCACAGUCCUGGCUGUACGUAGUGUAUCUGUCUGGUACCACUGUAGCUGAAGGAUAUUGCUGUAAAGCUCACAUUAUAUACGGUAGCAGCCAAAUGUUCCUACUGACUUGUGAAAACGUUAAAACUGCAUGGUCGUUGCCAUAAUCAUUAAGAACAUUUAUGGAAGCUAAUGUCAUGAUAAAUCUGGAGGUGUCAUAUUGAUGUUAUGUAGGUUACGUGUUUAGAGUGUGACCAUACAUUUUAUUUUUUGUUCCAAAGUACAUCAGUUGUGUAGUGGCCGUGUUGACGUCUAUUUGUGGUCUGCCUUUUUUUUAAUUCAUUGUAUGCUACAGAAAACUGGAGACAGUUGUUUCUUCAGUAUGUGUGAUCAGACAAGAUGGUUUCACUACAGUGAGUGAGCAUUUUCUUGUUCCAGUCAGUCACAGAAAAAGCAGGCAGGAGUAGACUCAGUGGAAACAUGGAUGGGUUGGAUAAGCCAUCUUAAAAAGAUCAAACUUUAAUAUCGAAGGGCAAAAAAUAGACGCUUUGCUUCUUCACAGUUCUCCAUUUAAACAGUUACUGGUUUCAAAUCUUGAGUCAUUUUAUUAGCUUAAAAUACCAGGACCCAUCUUUUCCUAAAUUUGUACAAUGUAUUAUAUUUCCAAUGUAUUGUAAAACAGACCUAUUAUUACAGGUAUUAUUUAAAUGCCUGUACAUCUUGGAUCCUUUCUUUUUAAGGCCUUCAGUUGAAGUUGCAAGUCCUUGAGAGAUCUUUGAGAUGGCUUUACACAACCUGAUCCACAGAGUAGUUUGUUUCUUUCUAUAAAAAAAAAAAAUAAGGGCUUUUGGGAUUCCAUCCACAGCAACCCUACAGCUCCUAGAAUCUAAAACAAAACGACCCAUUUCAGUUGUGUUGCCUUAAUGAGUGAUUUAAUAAACAAGGACCAGUACAUUAGCGCCACGGGCUCUCUUCUGUUUGAGUCACCGCGGUGAGGUGGAGGUCAUCAUGCCAACAGGGCAGGAAGCCUUAAUUAGGUCAGCACAGAAAUACCCUCUGUCACACGGUGGGGCAGAUGGCACUCUCAUGGGGCCAGUAGCGCUUAUCGCACGCACUCACAGGGGCACCUAGAGCUCCUGUUUUAGCGGGGGGGGGGGGAACCUUGGGGUAGUUUGGCUGGCCGUACCAACCAAGCCCCCAAGGGUCAUCUACUAUACUGGGUGUGUUCUUAGGAGGUUCAGCCAGACACUUUCCCUGAGUUUAAUAUUUAAGUAAAAAAAAAAAAAAAAAAAGUGAAACUGCAGUUAGACGUAUUUGAGAGAGAGUAAUAACAACAGUGACUAAUACAGACCAUUUUGCAGUUGAAUGGGAUUGUCAUGUCUUCAGUGCCUAGUAGGGAUAACUCACAGUCCACCUGUCCUUUGACUGUUUAUUCAUUAGGGUUAUGCUACUGGAACAAAUCUGUUUCUUUAUCAGAAAAUAAAGCUUUCUGUAUUGCAAUAGGUUUAACACCAUUAGCUGGCAUUUACAUGGGAACACGUCUGUGUGCUUUUUUUCCCGUGCGAAUGAGUUGUGCUCUGCAGAGGAGCUGGGCGCUAAUUUCCUGGUCCUUUAUAAUAUACAGCACAAACUGAGUAUUUUCUGCUGCAAAACCAAGUAUACCAAGUCUUUUUGCAUACAUAUAUGUUUAAUACAUAUAUGCAAUACAUUUAUUGCAUGUAUGUAUGUGAGUAGACCUAUCGUUUGUUCUCAGCAUGCUCCUUCUAAUGCUAGAGAUUAUUGAAAUAUUGAAAAAAGAGAAAAUGGUGCUAUUGGACCUCGUGUUGGGGCGGUCAUAGUCAUGUGACUGGUCAUGCGGACUCAUUAAUCAUAUCAACAAAAAAAAAAUUAUUAUCCUUGAUAUAUGCAGAUCUGUUUUACAGGUGUUUCUUAACCAGUGUAAUGGUGAAAUCAAAUCCUGCCGGUUUGCAAGGACAAGGACAGCGAAUCUUCCCUCUCCUCGCGGCCUGGGGGAAAUGGGCAUAGCUUUCAGCCCGUCUGUUGUGUAGUAGACCGUGGCAUCAAACGAGCGCAUUCAUUCCUGGACUGGGUAUAAUAACCAGCAGAGGUACCAGUCAUCUCUAUUCACUCUCUGGUCUGGAACAAAGGUACUCUCUCCUGUGCAAAGGGGGGGAACGUGGGGGCUGGUCGUCACAUGCUCAACAAUGAGAGUCUCACUAAAUCAGGUGCCCCCUUUGCUCACUGUGGGCGGGGCAUGUCAAAAAAGGUAUGGCCAUGCAUUUCUCUCCAGAGGGUCUGCUUUUGUGAAUGGUGUGGGCCUGGAUUCAGACAGGAGAAGAAUGAAAUGUUACCUGCGUUCAUAAUGGGGUCCUGGCAUAUUACUGUUUCUAAGGGCUUCACCUUUUUUUUUUUUCUUUUUUAUUAAAUCAUUUUCGGUUUUUCAGCAAAUUCAGAAUGCAACCCCUUUGACUGUACUUCAAACUUUUUUUUUUUCCCUUCUCCAGUAUCAGCAGAAAUGAUAAUGGUUACAGUGCAUAUAGAGAGGAUUACAUAGCCAGUCUGCAGGUAACAUUAGAGAGUUAGAGUGGGUGGCUGGAUUUGCACAGAGACCUCUACAAUUGAUCAGCAGAUAAGAGAAUUGAUGUCCCCCAACCCCGCACCUCUUCUACGACCCACAUUAAUCCCACAGUGCUCUCUUGAGGGGAUUACCAGAUCUUUCACCGUCUGUCUCCCCUUUAUUCUCAGAUACAUCCCUUAUGCCCCAGCUUAUAAAGGUCCUUACUGUUUUUUUUUUUUUAAAUUCUCCUGGAAUACUAAUUUCACUGCUUGAAGAGAGCUCUUAGGUAGGAAGUUCUUUUUCCUCUUUUCCUCCGAGGGUCCCUGAGGGGGGUCGUUCUGGCCUUCUGGCUCCAUGGGGCUUUAGACAAAUGUCCCUUCAUGGACCACCCCCUCAUUCCUGCUAUCUCAAUGGUAAAAGCAAUCUCCUGCUGUUUAUCAAGAAAAAAAUGUGAGCCGAAGGAAUUUCCCAUUUUAUUUAAAAAAAAAAAAAAAGGAGGGGGGGGGUAUUUUUACGAAUGCUUUCAGCAUGCGUCCGUUUUGUGACCGCUCUGGCUUCAUUCGGAUGGUUAAGGCGAGACACCGAUGGCAAAGAUCAGCCCCCGUUCACCUCCUCUCCAGUCCUCCUCUCCUCUGUCUCCCUUCAGGACUGAAUGUGCUUUCACUCCGGCUAAAACGCAACAUACCCGCGACAUGGCUGACGCUGUGGAAGCGCUAUCGUUUCAUCACAGCUGUUGCGCGGGGAAUGUUGCGUGCUAGCCGGGACCCCAAGCACACACACACACACACAAUGCUUUGUUUUAUCUCCGCACUUGUUCCAGUGUACAUUGUUCUCCAUUUCCUGCACAAUGAACCCUAAGGUUGAAUACCCGUGUCGUACUGCAAAGGUAGGCUGCUUCGCCAGGCUCUUCGGAGCCGGCUCUGACGUCUCCUCAAGGCAUUGUCAAUCCCCGUUUUGAGUGAUGUUUUUUUUUUUCUGUAAUGCUCCUCUGUAUCGGCGACAGCGGAAAGUUCUUUGUGAGCUAGAUGCCAUGCAAAAACAAAUAUGGCGAAGUCCACCGAAGGACCCUAAGCAGUAUUUAUGUAGGAAUCGACAAACCAAAAAAAAAAA